AUGGGGAGCCGAAAUAAACGUCAUCACCAUCACCAUCACCAUCACCAUCACCAUAAUCUUAAUUUCCAUGCUCCUCAAUUGAAUUUUCCAUUUCACCUUCAUCAUGGUCAUGGGAACGUUGAGAAUUCGAAGGAAUCGAGGGAUAUUCCUAGAGGGUGCGUUACGGUGUUGGUAGGUCAAGAAGAGGAGGAGCAACAGAAAUUUGUGAUACCUGUGAUGCACAUUAAUCAUCCAUUGUUCACACAAUUGUUGAAAGAAGCAGAAGAAGUGUAUGGAUUUCAUCACAGUGGUCCUAUUAAUAUACCUUGUCAUGUCGAGGAGUUUCGUUACGUUGAAGGUAUGAUUGACAAGGAUAACGCCUCCCAUCAUCAACACCACCACCAUUUGUGGUGCUUCAAAGCCUGA